AUGGCAUCGGCUGCACCUGCGCAGACUCUGGGCCAAUUCACCUCCACAGCAAAGCGUGUCCCUUCGGUCCGGACUGACCUGGCCGGUGUCUUUAGCACUGCUCUGCGGACAGCCUUCCCCAAUGUUGACAUUCAGCCAGCUGUGGCUGCCACCAACAACCGCGAUCAUGGAGACUACCAGUGCAACAAUGCCAUGGCCCUGUUUGGCCGCAUGAAGGGCAAGGAGGGCGCUCCAAAGAAUCCUCGGGAAGUUGCUACUGCUAUUCUCAAUGCGCUGCCGGACACCACAGCCAUAGAUGGCACGCCGACUUUGGCUGGCCCCGGUUUCAUCAACAUCAAGCUGAGCUCUGCAUGGCUCAGCGAGCGCAUUCAGAUCCUGGUCAAACAGCGCGCAGUGGUGGAUUUCUCAUCACCCAAUGUGGCCAAGGAGAUGCAUGUGGGCCACCUGCGAUCCACCAUUAUCGGAGACACCAUCGCGCGCACGCUGGAGUUCUGCGGCGUCGACACACUGCGUAUCAACCAUGUGGGCGACUGGGGCACGCAAUUUGGCAUGCUCAUACAGCACAUCGCAGAGACGCGGCCGGGCGGGCUCCAGGGCACCACCACAGAGGAGGUGUCGGACCUGCAGACGCUGUACAAGGCCUCCAAGGCGCGCUUUGACGCUGAGGAGGACUUCAAAGCGCGGGCGCGCGAGGCUGUCACCCGGCUGCAGUCCGGCGACCCAGAGUUCCUAGAGACAUGGAAGCGGAUCUGCGAGGCCAGCCGCAACGAGUUUGACGCCAUCUACCAUCGACUGGACGUCCACAUCUUGUGGCGGGGGGAGUCAUGGUACAACCCGCGGCUUACACCUCUUGUGGAGGAGCUCAUAGAGCGGGGGAUUGCCGAGGAGAGCGAGGGCGCCAAGGUCAUCACUGUGGAGGGUCUGAAGACACCCCUCAUGAUCCGGAAAUCAGAUGGCGGCUACGGCUAUGGGACCACCGACAUGGCCACCCUGGCUCAGCGGAUCCAUGAUGAGAAGGCCGAGUGGCUGAUUUAUGUGACGGACGAGGGCCAGUCGGGGCACUUCAAGCUGGUGUUUGGCGCGGGCAAGCGCGCCGGCAUCAUCCCCGCCAAAAAUCCACCGCGCAUCGACCACGUUGGCUUCGGCCUCGUGCUCGGCCAGGACGGCAAACGGAUCCGUACCCGUGACUCCGGCGCCGCGGUGCGGCUAGUGGAGCUGCUGGAUGAGGCCAAGGCGCGGUGUGCGGCGUCCAUCAAGGAGCGGCAGGAGACCACAAUAGAGAGGGGGGGCGAGGAACUCAGCGCAGAGGAGAUGGAAAACAUAUCCUCAGUCAUGGGCUACGGCGCUGUGAAGUAUGCCGACCUGAAGAACAACCGCGCCACCAACUACAAGUUCAACUUUGAUGAGAUGCUGGACCUGAAGGGGAACACAGCUGUCUACAUGCUGUACGCACAUGCACGGAUUGCUGGCAUCAUCCGUAAAUCCAACAAGGAUAUCAAGGAGGUGGCGCAGACUGCCCACAUCUCCUUGGACCAUGCUUCUGAGAGGGCGCUGGCGCUGCACAUAGUGCGCUUCACAGAGAUGUUGGAGGACACACUGGUCGAGCUGGCACCUAAUCGGAUCACCGAGUAUGUCUACGAGCUGUCUAACUACUUCAACACCUUCUACGUGGGAUGCAAGGUCUUGGGAGAGAAGGAGGAGGACUCGCGGCUGCUGCUGUGCGAGGCGACUGCCAUGAUCAUGCGGCAGUGCUUCCAGCUGCUCGGCAUCAAGCCCCUGUACCGCAUCUAA